GAUGCAUCCCAAUUCGUUUAUUUAUCUUUCACCAAAGGUGAUUUAGCAAUGGAGAAAACAGUAACGGAAAUUUGGUAUUCAAUGCUACUCAGCGACGCAACUUACAAAUCUCUUCGUACAUCGCUUGAAGAACUCAUCCGCUUCACGUCUGCGCAAAACCUUCAUUCGGAAACAGGUGGCCUGAUAACCAUCGACGAAAUGCAAUUCAAGCAACUUCAAGGCGUGUGGAAAACGUGGUUCGGUUUACGGGUGCAAGGAACAAAGUGGAUUCAAAAACAACGAGAAAAAGUAAUCAAAGCAGAUAUACAGUCGCUCGGCGCACGACACUCCGGGUACCUUAACAAUGUACCAGUACAACACGCAAACGCACUAAAGAAAUGGAUAGACGACGGCGUUUUCAAACGAACACAACCGCCAACGUUCGCAGAGAAUCCGACAUUGACUGGUGCAAAUGUGGAUGAACGAUACGCCCCUUAUUCAUAUGGCAUUCCAGCAUUCCAUUUUCCCUUUACUGGCUGGGACUAUGUGCAGGUGAAGAAAUUCAAGAGAUCCAGUUGCCUCGUUACGAUGUACGGUGAUUAUAUUGAAUGA